AAGAUUAGCGUCAGGUCCGGCUCUAGUGUAGACGCAGUUUCACAGCAGGUUUAUACUUCAGUCGAAAGCACGUUUUAUAAGAACUAAGGGAAGAAAGUAUUAUUCACAACUUUCGACUGUCACAUUUUUUUAAUUGUCAGCAUGUUCCCGUCUUCUAGCAAGGUCAAACUCAACCGAGUCGCGUUAAAAGACGUUGUUGGUUUGAAACUGGUGCCGCGGCGGAGACGAGUCCUGCCGAAUAAUGUUACAGUUGCCUCCAAACAGCAGGAGGAAAAACAAGAAGAUUCUCAAGUAAUGUCAGGGAAAGACACCGCCUCCGUCCCUAACAGCAAUGAGACCGUCCAGAGUUCUUUAACAGACCAAAUGGGCCCCGACAGUGUGACACACACGGCCAGAAACAUCACUGAAGGAGAGCCGGAGGACAAUUGCGUAGACAUUGAUAGGAAUACACACCCAAGCCCCAUUGGACUCGCUGGUUCAGAAGGGUCUUUGAGAAGAGCUUUCACAGCCUCUCGCUGCGGUCUCUGUGGGGACUGUAAAUACAUUUCCCCUCAGCAGAAGACACUGGGUAAGCAAAGGCAAAAAAGCAGUAGCCCAGGGCCAGAGCAGUCUACGAUUGAGUUAAAGAUUAAGAAAGGAAACCCAGUCACUGAGACCUCUAGGAAGAUUAUCGUGUGGAUAGACCAGAAUCCGAAAGUGACGCUUUGUGACAUUGCCCAAAAAUGUGAUGUGUGCAGUCACCGUUGUAGCUAUGUGUUACCGGAUGUUCUCAAGACCAAGGUUGUGCAUUGCUUCAAACAGGACAUGAGAGCUGGAUUUCGGUUUGUGCCUGGUUGUUUAGGGCAUGAAAAACACAAAAACGAGGAAAGUGCUCUGGCUAAAAAUAGCAAGUUGUGUCCUAGGGUUCAGUCUGAGAAGCGCGUCUCUCAGUCUCAGAGUCUGACUGAACACCAGAGACACCUGAGAGAACACACAGAUGCAGAGAUUUUAUCCAGUCAUACCACAUAUCAUUUCCCCAAGGGCCGGCCAAGUGAAGCCUCUGCAACUUGUUCUGCUUCUUUCUUAUUAGGUAAACGUACAAACAAGAGGGAGUGCAAGACUAGCAUGUGGGACAGAGAUGUCAAGGAGGAUCCUGGGCUGGGAGUGGAGAUUUACAGAGAUAAAAGAAUAAAGCUUGAGGAUAGCGUUAAAGAUGGGAAUUUGCUUUCCACCCCAGACUUAGAAAGCAUUAUUUGCAAUGACACAGCAAAAACUUGCUUUAUAGACAAUGAGAAAACAUGUUCUGAGAUGUCUAAUGACAGUCAGUCAUGUCUAGAACUUAAAUUUGGGGGCUGCAGCACUUAUCGGUCACCUGUAAAAGAAAACUGUGUCCACAAGAAACCUUGUGGUCAGAUGGGCAAACCCAGAAAAACUGAUGCAGCACAAAUGUCAUCAGAACUAUUCUGUCAGAGGAAUGAGGUGGACACAGAUGAACUAGAGUCAUUCACCUGCCAGAGAGUGAGGGUGUAUUGCAGAAAAAUAAAUUUUACUUGUGCACGGACAUACAUGUCUUGGCCCUUCUCUAACAUCGACCGCACCCUUACAGCACAUGCUGGCACUAUAGCCGGUCCAGCGGAGCUUAUUCAUCCAUCAGCUAGAAAUAACAGUGACUCUCCAAAAAAUCAAAAUCAGUCAGGUCCACUGAGCAGCCGAACCGAUUACAUGCUUCCAAAUGCACCAACAGACCCCUCUUCAGACACAACCCAUCAGGUUUGCCAUCAAAAUGAAGAGAAGCAAGAAGAGGAUGGGGAGCACAUUAUAGCCAAGAGAAAUGGGAAAAGACAUGCCAAUAUGUCUUCAUACUCUUCAAACAGCAAAAACAUGGAGUUUGCACCUAACUUGACGGAGGCUGAAGAAACGCUAGCCAGUCUGGUCUCAGAUAAGGCUACCCUUUCCACCCUAAGUCAGCAAGGAAGAGAGCUGGGCACUGACACAGUCUCAGCCUCAUCUACACCAGUUAAUGGUCAAGAAACUGACAGCUCCAUGUCUACCCCUUCCCCCUUAGCACUGGGCUUGAGUGACUGGGAAACAGCCACUACUUUGUCUCCCAUGUCAUCUCUCUUCACACAUGGUGGUCUGAAUAGCCUCUCAGCCACACCGUCCUCUCUCCCACCUUCAUCGCUUCUACUGGAGAAAGUCAAAGGGCUUGAGUUGGCUGAAGCUCAUUCUGCAAGCACUUCAUCAACAUCCUCCUCACCCAAACAUAAUAUCCAAGCUGUAGAAAAACCAUUCUUCUACUGUGAAGAAACCCAAAUGACUUUGUGUUGUUCGUCACCCAGACCUUCAUCUGUUCCCUCACACAACUCCGACUUCUUUCAUUCAUGUGAAUCCUCCCUCCUCCUUCCUCAAGAUGAGCAAGGGAGUGAUAAAGGAACUCUCUCAGACAUGAGCCCACCACAACUGGAGCCAUAUUAUAAUACAAACCUCUGUAACCGGAACCUUCCUGUUGCUUUGGAACAAUGUGUAGUAACUAACUCAAAUGAUUUUACACUUCCACCACUGCUCUCUCCUGUCACUUCACCUCAAGGGCACUUGUUUUCAAGCUUCCUGCCCCAGAGCCAAUGCUGUUCAGAUGAGGAGGAAGAGGAGGAGGAGAUACAGAAAGACCCCAGCAAGCAAAACAUGUUAUCUGGACAUCACAUGCCACAAAUUGGUAAUGGCAAUCGUCAAAACUGCGAAGAGUAUCUUGUCCACCACCAACAUGAAGGACACAGUAAUCAAGAACUGGAGGGAGUCUCAUCAAUACGGAAAACUCCAACUUCUCACAUCAUUGUUGGAAAUGUGAAAGAUGGUAUCAAAGAGGAAAGCCACGAUAAAACUGAUUACAAAGAUGAUGUGGAACAGUGUAACAGAAGUUCUGAACAAUUUCCCUCAGCUCCUAAAAUAAGGGCAAACCUUACCUCAGGUGCUCUUACAGAACGCUGCUCUUCUCCCGGCUAUGAUCAGGGACAGCCAUGUUCUUCUAGAGAUGAAGGAUCAACUCCAUCUGAAAUAGCGGGCAGUGAAAGGGAUAAAACUGAAGCAGAAGCAGCUGGUGAUGCUCAGCCCUGCAUUUUGAAUGAGUUCACAGCCUAUGAACAAGACAUCCUGCUUGUCGAUGUGAUCCAGGAUGAUCCAGAGCUGUUUGAAAACCUACCUGAGGAAAGCCUGCUGAAACUGGGCCCUACGAGGGUCAGUGAAGCCCUAAAAACCAGACUGACUGGAGCAGUGAAAACACUAUCGCCAAGGAUAGAUGCUGCAUCACUGGAGUUUGAACAAAGAUCAACACCAGUUGUUGUAAAUUUUCCCUGUGACAGUCAUAAUAUAACAGAGGAGAAUAAUAGCAGACCCUGGAGACCUCAGUGUAGCAGCACCACCUCCUCCAAAAUGCAAAACAACACGUGGCCUGCCACAGACAAGCAAACCAGAAACAUGGGUCAGUCCGAUGACGACGACAAUCGUGUAAACGGAGGCCUGGAAAGGAAUCAGCCCAUCCAGACAGUGAACUCCCCACAUAACAUCCCCCCACUUAUGACCGUAAGAAAUGGGCCAUGGAUCACAACCCCAGUAAACAUGACAGACUUUAGGCGCCAGAAAUCUAAUGCUUACUGCAGGCAGUACUUCAGUGAAUCGCUCUCCUGUGGAUUCAAGAUGUGUCGAUUCCAGCAUGUGCCUGUGGAGGGGGAUGAGAAGUUCUGCGUUGAAACUGUGGCCCGGUUCAUUAAAAAUCCAAUGUGUCUCCAGAAAGCAGGAGCUGUGUUUACAGGCUACUACCAGAACAACCCACCAGGAGUAUAUUUCUCCAUGCCAGUGCUUCUGUCACUCCUUCAGGCUCUGCUCAAGGCCGGCAUGGUGUCUGAUGUCCUUUCAGUCCUCAGUGUCAGCUUGGCCCACAAGAUAGUGCCCGGCCAUGAGUUCCUGCUGGCCCUCUUUAACUUUGUGAGAGAGAAGGGUCUCAUGGGCUCUGUACCUGAACUCAUGCAGCUCACAUUCAAGAUGGCCAGUGCAGGUCUAGUGCUGAGUUUGGAUUGCCUUGACUGUGUAAGAAACACCCCCGAGUUCCAGCAGACAGUCCAUCCAAACUCACCUGUUUUGAUGUCUGGCAACCACAAGCUAUCCACCAGUGCUCCCUUUCCAGAGUACCUGAAUUUGGCCCACUCCAUUGUGGAAUUAGAGCUUUGUACCAAGCAAGAGGACUGGAGGCGGAUGGGACAGGUUUUCAGGUCCAUCUGCCAAUCCAGCCAACAUCCCAACCAGGUGGAACAAAUCAGUGGUCGCAUUGCCAUAGCGCUCCUGUCUGAGAGCAAAGAUAAGCUGUCCCUGCCCUAUGCCGCCUUUGCUGAGACAGUGUGUCAGACUGAAGAUGAGGACACCCUGAUCCAGAGUUUUUUAGGCAGAAUUGGAGUCUCUCUCAUGUUAAGAUAUCACAAAACACAUCAAUGGACCAAGGGUCGGAGGGUGGUGGAGGUGCUGUCCAUUUCAAAAGUCAGCUACUCAACACUGAAGGGUUUGUUUGGGAAUGAGGAUGGAGCUUCACGCUGCUACCUGGUCACUGUGGCUACCGAGCUCUUCCUUCUGAGCGGCAGCGUGGAGGGAGCUCUAAACACACUCCGAGAAAACAAUUGGUUCCUGAGUUCAUACUCAUGGCCAUGUGAGCCUGCGGAUCUGGACAGUAGGAGUCGAGUGCUAAUGCGUCUGGCUGAGAAAACCUCUCACCGAGACACACUGGAAGUUCUGUCUAACCUCCCCGGAAUGAAAGAGCCGAACGACUUGAUUGAUAUCUCCAGGUAUGGUCCUCUGUUUAACUCCCAUCUACAAGUGUGUGUGGACAGGCAGAUCCUUCCUUUAGCCUCAGAUUCAGUAGACUUCAUGCUCUCUAAAAACCUGGCAGUUGACCACGCUAUGCUGCAGAUACUUUUACACAAACUGGGCAAGCAGAACCUCUGGCUCCGUGCACGGGAAGUCUUCAGACACUCUCUGAGUGUGGGGUACUACCCUGGUGUGUCGGCUCCCCCUGGAUUCAUGGCACUGAUAGUCCCCUGCCAACUGGGGGAGGUGGAGCUGGCUCUCGCCUUUGAGAUGUUCAUCACCGUCAACGCAACAGUCAUGCUCCAGCUUUCAGAGACCACCACUUCCUGCCUCAGCAUCACUCUCAAAAGGACUGAACGUGGUGAGAGUGAGUACCUCUCAGCUGGUAGCCGCCUCCUCUCUGCAGCUUGUAUCCCUCAGCCCAAACUAAUUGUUCACUACAAAGCAGUUAACUCCGCACAGGAGCAAGUGUUCACACUUGACAUUUCCUCUGCUCGACGCUGGCUCCGCCACAAUCAUUUGUGGGCCAAUGAGGUAUGGACGCAUUGACCUGAACGGUUAUCCCCCUGCAGUCCCUGGAAGUACUUGAUUUACUUUCCCUUGAAACUGCUUACGUUCCACAGACAUCAGUCGACGUCAGGAAAACAAACAAAUGAAAUCAGGAAAAUUAAUGCAUGUGAAUUUCUGUUGGCUGUACGUUUGUACACUAAUGGUCAUAUUUCAAUUUAGCCUUUGACUAGGAAGCAGAAAUUUAGAAGAUCAAAGACUGACGCCAGAACUUUACGCCUUUUUUUUGUUUGUUUGUUUGUUGUUUGUUUUUUUUACAAAGCUGAUUUUGUCUUUUUGUUCAUGUUUGUUUUACAGUAUGUUUAAGGGUUUUUUUGUUGUUAAUUCCUUGUUGUUUCCUGAGUUUUUUUAGCUGAUUUGUCACUCAGUGUUUUUGUGAUUUAGUAUUUGAAAAAUAAGUCUGUCAAGAAACAGAGUCCGACAUAAUUUUUAUUAUAAGUAUUACACUUUGUUUACUUCAUUGUAAAUAACAUCUCAGUGUAAAUAGGUAUAUAUUUAUAAUGUUGUUUAGUCUUUUUCAGUAUUAUGUUACUGUAUUAUUUUACUGAUUGUCAAAACAUUGUUGCCAGUUCAAGAGCUGUGAUUUACAUUUUCUUUAUAUGAAGUUUUUAAAAAAA